AUGUUGAAGGCAUUGGUGACAGUUGUGGCAGUGUUGAUGAUGAUGAACAUGGUGCAAAGUGAAAAGGAAGGUGGUGAUGGGCUUUUAUCGCUCAAGAGAACAGUGCGUGUUACAAAUGAUUUGACAAAUGGAAUUGUUCUCCUUCUUCGUUGUCGAUCGAGAGAUAAUGAUCUUGGAAUCCAUGCUCUUGGCAGUGGAGAGUAUCAAGAAUGGACAUUCAGAGACAACCUUGCCCACACCACUCUUUUCUGGUGUGCCAUGCGAGCAUCCAAUGUGCAGCUGAGUUUUGAAAUUUACAGCUACAAAACUGAUAAUUUAGAUUGUGAUACGGAAUGUUAUCGAAGUUUCAGGAACGAUGGAGCGUAUUUCUAUAUUCAGGACCAGAAGAAAUGGGAGAAGAGACAGUCAUGGAAUAUUCCCCAACUCCAUGUUUUCUAA